UCUGGAUAGAAAGACGACAUUAAAACAGAGUUAUGAUAUUUUAAAUGUCUAAAUUGUGUGAGUGUUAUAAUUAAUUUAUGUGGAGGCUAAAGUAAACGAUGAGUCUCGUCCCCUCGGUGGCUGAGGGGUUGGCCGGGCGGGUGUUGCUCAACCCUCAGUCUGAGUGAUGCUCGGUGUUAGCUCUGCCCGGAGCCGCCGUCCUCCACCGAUAUGGACUGAAGCUGGACCGCGGCCGGUGGUUUUCACAUGGCAGGGCCGUGGAAAAGUCAACGAUCCCACGGUUACAUGCGUGGAAGUGGAACGAACCCGCGUCGCCCUCCUCCUCAUCGGAAAAGAGCAAGAAUAGAGAAGGAGAGAAGUGACCAUGGAGGCUGUAUUUCACUCUCCCUUCACUGCAGCUGGCCAGCUGCCUUGGCUGCUUCUGACUCUGUUUACAUUAUGGACAGUCCUAUGUUCAGCAGACGUGAAGCAGACAAGAUGGCCAUUAUAUUCCCACAAGCCAGUUCUUCUUGCCUGGAAUGCCCCAACACAGGAGUGUGCUCCGCGACAUCGUGUAACUCUAUCUCUGGACCAGUUCGACAUUGUGGCGUCUCCCAAUGAAGGCUUUGUCCGGCAGAAUCUCACAAUUUUCUACAAGGAGCGCCUCGGCUUGUAUCCUUAUUACAAGCGGGAUGGCACUGCAGUGAAUGGAGGUCUUCCACAGCUCGCCAGCCUCACUCAGCACUAUGAAAAGAUGCCCGGAGGUGUGCAGAAGUACAUCCGUGAACCAGAUGCAAAAGGCUUGGCUGUUAUUGACUGGGAGGAGUGGCGCCCACUGUGGAUCCGAAAUUGGGAUAAUAAAGAUAUUUAUCGAAGUAAAUCUCGUGAAAUGUUGGCCAAAAUGAAUCCUAAGUGGACCCCAGAUCAAGUGACUAAAGUUGCACAGCAGGAAUUUGAGUUGUCAGCUCGUAAAUUUAUGCUGGAGACUCUAAAAUUUGCCAAGAGUCUGAGGCCAAAUCAACUGUGGGGCUUCUACCUGUUUCCAGACUGUUACAACCAUGAUUACAUGACUGGACUGAAAAACUACACAGGCCGCUGCCCCUCAGUGGAGAUGACACGCAAUAAUCAUCUGAACUGGUUGUGGAUGGAAUGUACGGCAUUCUUCCCAUCCAUAUACAUGGGUUCAGUACUACGCUCUUCAAAUUAUGGGCGUCUGUUUGUCCGGAACAGAGUGAAGGAGGCGAUGCGUCUGGCAUCUGUUGGGGAUGGAUUAGCGAAUCCUGUUUUUGUUUAUGCCCGACCUACGUAUAUGAAUGAGAUGACACUUCUAAGUGAGAUGGAUCUGGUCUCCACCAUUGGUGAGAGUGUUGCACUUGGAGCUGCAGGUAUAAUCUUCUGGGGGGACACCUCCUAUGCAAGCAGUGAUAGCUGCUCCAUCCUUAAUAAGUAUCUUCAGGGACUCCUGGGCCAGUACCUGCUCAAUGUGUCGACAGCAGCAGAGCACUGCAGCCAGGUGAUGUGUAAGUCCCACGGCCGCUGUCUCCGCAGAGUACAAGACAGAGACGUGUACCUCCACCUCAGCCCUUUAACACACAGCAUCACCAGUCAGGGUGGCCAGUUGAAGGUUACAGGAGCACCUGGCCCAGCCGAGCUUACACUUUACCGCACACACUUCCAGUGCCAGUGCUACCAUGGGUACAGGGGCGAGGCUUGUGCUCUGAAAGAAAAAGGGCAGAAUAGAGCCUCCUCUGUCUUCGGGACCUGGCCUCUUUGCCUUCUACUCCCAAUAGGACUCCUCACUCUGCUACACUAAGGAAACACAGGAGCCCAAACUCCUUACCUGCAUCUGUCAGCUCUGAAAAGAACAUUUCAAACUUUGUGAUGUAAAGGUGGUAGGUAACCCUGCACGAGUGACAGUUAAAUCCCAUCCUCACUCAUCUCGCACUAUGACAGGAUCUUUUCAUUCCGGCACACAGACCAUCUAAAAGUAAUGUUUUUGUCUGACACUGCAAUGGGAGAUCGCCAGUCUUGGGUCGCCUCCUGGAACUUAUGUCCGUCAAUCAGUUUUGCAGCUGAUAAACUUACAUUGAAUUAUGUCAAAAAUCAAAUCCAAUUUUAAAGGUCCAGUGUGUAAGAUUGAGGUGAAAAGGAUCUAUCGGCUUCUCUUUCAUGUUUGGAAGAGGAGGGUGAGGUGAGGGGUAUUCAGCUGCAACAUGCAACUUCAUCAUUUGAUGUCACUAAAUUCUACACACUGAACCUUUAAGGCUUUUGCCAUGCUCCAUGCUGGCCCUGACCUUCGGAUUGGACUGUCCCUGCAGAAACAAUUACAGCUUAACUUUUUUUAAAUCCACCUGCACUUUCUUAUGAUGAACACAACAACAUGAUGCCUAACCAAAUGUGCGGAACAAAGGUACAUUUACUCAAGAUACAAUAUUUUUUAGUCGUUGGUGCAACAAAAUGGUACUUUUAGGUAUUUUGCCUUUUCACAUUGCUGCCUAAUAGUUUGUAUCCGUUGAUGAAUCAAGUGCUAUUACCCUUAGCCUUAAGAUGGACGUAUAAAUAGUACACUAUGAUUGUGAUAAAUUGUGGCAAAUGUCUGAAAUCUCUUUGGUUAUCUUUGGCUCAUUGAAACAACAUGGCUGGACCUGCCUGUUUCAGUUUUCAGAAUUGCGCCUCCAAAUGCUUUUUUACUUUUGUUUACAUAUUGUGAUCAUUGAGGGUUGUGCAUUAGUGCAGUGGUCUUCAUCUCAGCCCCCUUUGGGCUCAAUGCUUUGCUAAUAUAAUUAAUAUCUGUAUCCAUAUUGCCUACCAGUUCUUUUUUUUUUUUUUUUACAAGUAAACAAAAUGUGCAUUAAAAAGAGAGGCUGGACAGAUCAGUGAAUACGCGCAGAAAAGACAAGUGUUAAUAUUUGAUGGGAUGGGAGAGUUCGCUGGUAAUUGGUUGCAAUCCCAUUGGCCUUAUUUUUUAAUUUUCUUGAGGACCGACAAGAGGUCUAUCAAAUACGACCAGUAUCAUAUUAUCAAAUGCAAGAAUAUGUUAGUUUUCCAUUUUGGUCUCAACACUUUUGCAAGGAAAUAAAAAAAAGUGUGUUUAUGCUGAAAUGAAUAUUGGCUAAUGUGUGGUUAUCAGAUAUAAUAUUAGCUUUAGAAAUCCAGUAUUGAUAAGAGUCAGUGCACAAUAACCAGUUUUAUUGUGUGUCUUGUGUAGCUUGACUUGCCUGCAUUGCAGCUUGUGUCUGGGUUCCUGCCAGUGAUGCUGUGUUGAUAGAAACUACUGUGGGUACAUCUUCAGACUUGUAAAUAUAUUUACUAGACUAAAACUAGUAGAGCAGUUUCAUAUUUAUACAGUAGCUGUUUGUAUUUAUUCUGGCAGUGCUCAAAGAAGUAUAAAGGUACCUAAAUUAGAGAAGAGGUGGGAAGUAAGUAAUAUGUUUGACGGCUUUCCCAAACUGGAAAAUGGAGAAACACAAAACCAGUAUUGCAAUACAACAGUUUAUGUAUGCUGGACUUUUGAAAUUCUGCACUUUAACUAAUUUUCCGUUGAAAUGAAUCUGAGCUUGAUUCUUAUGCAUUAGGUGAAAAUGUGUAAUUUUGCUGAAAGCAGUACAUCACAGUAUAUAACGAUGUUUUUUCCAUUUAAUGUUUCAUGUCAGAGAUGUGUUGGCUGUGAAUCUUAACCGUUGUUGAUCUUUAACUCUGUUGCAGUGUGAAAAUAAUAAUAAUAAUAAUUCAUUUGUCAUUAUCUUUUAAUAUGAUGUGUAAGAUCAGUAACACAGUAGCUCUGUUUUAUGUUGUAAAGAUAUAAGAAAUGUGUCACCCAUGUGUCAUAUUGAUGUUGUUGCCCAGCAAUUAUGCCAAAAGCAAAUACCAUGGAUACCUCUUAACAUUUUAAUAUGAGGGUAAAGGAAGAAGUGCAUUAAGCAUCCACACUGUUUUGUGCUUUACAGCCUUUUUACUCAAAGGACAUUAAACUUAUACUGCCAACCAUUUUACUGGGAUAGUGUUUCAACCUUUGAAUUUGCACUAAUAGUUUUCUCCUAUUCCCACUUCACAUAUAAUGCAUACAUUUAAAUGCACUCCAGUCAGAAGUAAACUAACAUUUUGCACCGCUCAGCCACCCCUGGAAAGUCUAUUCCAGGGUCCUGGAAAAGAGGCUCAGACCAAUUUUCGAACCUCAGCUUUAGGAGGGGCAAUGCAAAUUUGGACCUUCCACUCCACAUGUGUAUUGUGUACUUGACUGAAGGCAUGUGACUGUGUCCCCUGAGGGACCCUGUGGGUGUAGUGCUGGUUGCUAAACUUGCUGCUUGACACAAAUCCUCAGAAUUAUGUCACCACUCUCUUUCUCCUGGGCACUUUUUGUUUGUCUUGAUUGUUUUUUUGUUUUUUUUCAAAUGGGAGGAGACUCUGAAUUUGCUGCAGAGAUUAUAUAUCCCAUCCAACAUGCAUGGGAACAUCAGGAUCUUGUACCAUCCACCUCUCCAUUAUAGAAACAGCUGUGUCUCAUUGUUAGCGAGAAAAUGACCUUAAAAGCCUUAUUUUGCCAAAGUGCAAAGCUUUUAUUGUUUGAAACCAAACUGGAGCACUAUCAAAUGGUUUUGUACUUAAAAGCAUUUCAUAAUUUCAUUUUUACAUAAAAACAUUUCAAUAUUAAA